UGUUUGUUAUGAAUCUUAAAUUUGCUCUUGGAAUAGAUUAACAAAUACUUUGCAUAUGUUAUUUGAUGCAGAUUAAUGUUUGCCUGUUACUGUCACAUUCCUUAAUGUGCUGGUUUUAUCUGAGAACAAUAAGACCCCCUGCAUUCUUAACAGUAGAAAACUUAAUUGAAUUUCUAGGUUUCUUUGGACACUUUGUUCUCUGAAAUUACAAAAACUUGUGUUUCUUUUUAAAAUGUCAUCCUAAUGCUCAUCUCUUCUAGCCAGCAGUCUACAGAUCUCAUAAAAAAAACUCUAGCUUAUCCAAGAUUGAUUAGUGAGUACUGAAAUUGAAGUACCUAAUAGUAGAAGCAUUUUGAGAAUAUCAGAUGAAAUAAUCAUCCUAAUUUCCUAUCAUAUUACUAAUUUAUUAGUUAUGCUUUAGUCAUGAACUGUUAAUUUCUCAUGGAAGUCCAGUGUAAUUUUUGAUAAAGAUUCUCAUUCCUUAAACACUGCAUUUACUAUAUUUGGAAUGCUUUAAAAUUUCCCAAAUUGUUAUUCCUCAUGGUCUCGUUGAAGUUUGCCUCUGGUCAGAUACAUACUUUACUUCCCAGAAACAAGUGAUAAAUACUAAAAUUUUAAUGCAGAUUGUACAUUUUAUCUUUGUAGGAAUUUUUUCCAGUUCAUUUUUACUGUAUCUGGUUAGGUAAUUUUAAAGUUUGCAAAAGCUUUUCAUGACAAACAACAUUGCUGCAAGGUGAAUUUCAGAAUUGGAAGCUCAAAAAAAAAAGCAACACUAAAAGUCACAUGCUUUCUAAGUUGUUCCUUUGAAGUGUACAAAAUUAUGCAACUAAGAGAGCUGCUUUCUCAAAAUUAUGGUCCAGUUAAUGGUGGCUCGUAGAAUGUACCUGGCAAAAUUAGUUGUUUCUGUUAUCAAAGCAAAUUUAAAUUUGCCUUAAAGAUCAGGACUCGAUUCAUUUGAAUUCUUAUAGAAUUAGACAAAUGAAAAAUUUUUAAAUUCAACAUUUGAAUCUCUACUAAUCUUGAUUUCUGGAUUUGAAGAAUACCAGGAUUUAUGGAGGGAUUACAACAUUCCUUCUCCUCCAAACAGUUGGAUUGGGAAGGAGGGGGCUUUUUCUCCCAUCUUACUUUUUUUUCUUUCUGUCUUAUUCUUUGUGAAAGUCUACACAUCUUCCUGUGUAUAAAAACAUGACUUUGAUUUCACCAAGUUCUCAUGAUGAGUGUUAAGCUGAUGAUUGAGUGCUGGUGGCUGUGUUUUGUGUGCCUGUGAGCAUCUCAGAUAUGUACACAUGUCUGUAUUUCAUAGAAUCAUAGAACCAUUAAAGUUGGAGAAGACCACUAAGGUUAUCUAGACCAACCAUCAAUCUAUUAUCACCGUACCCACUAAACCAUGUCACUCAGUGCCACAUCUACCCUUUCCUUUCUGUCCCUCCAGGGAAAGUGAAACCACCCUCCCGGGCAGCCUGUUCCAAUAGCUUAGCACUGUGAGAGGUAGUAUUUCCUAAUAUCCCACCUGAAAAUCCCCUGGCACAACUUAAAGCCAAUACUCUUGUUCUAUCGCUAGUUAUCUGGGAAAAGAGGCUAACUCCUGCCUUGCUGCAUCCUCCUUUCAGCUAGCUGUAGGGAGCAAUAAGGUGUCCUCUGAGCUUCCUCCAGUCCCAGUUCCCUCGGCUACUCCUUGUAACACUUGUGUUACAGACCCUUCAAAUUUGAAUACUUGCAUCAUGCGUUGUUAGCAGUUGUAGAGAAUGUCCUGAGCAAACUUAUCAUUGUUGACCAUGCUUUUUUGCAAGCAGUUGGACUAGAUGACCUGCUGAGAUCCCUUCUAGUCUGAAUUAUUGUAUGAUUUGCUUCAUACAAACUUGAUAAUAAAAUCCACUAUUUAAUGAAAAUGCAGGGGCUUACAUCUCUGUAAUCCUUGAAAAGCUUUCUUUUCACAGAAGUGUGACUCUGAGAGUAAUUUCUGAAGCCCUUGUAGGACGUGACUGUCUGGAGAGCUAAUGUUUUGGAAAUUGCAUGGGUUACCUGCUGUGUCUUUUCCAACCAUAGUUUCUGUGAGUCUGCAUUUUGGAGGUUGAUUCCUUAUUACCUAAUUUUACAGUUACUUAAUUCCAGUAACAGGCAUGUUUUAAGAGAUCACAUUUAGUCAUGGUAAGACUGUGUGUGUUGUUUCAGGUUUGUUGUUGGGUUUGGUUUAUUGUCUUUUUUUUUUAAUCCUUCUGCAAUUGUCAGCACUUAAUGUAAUCUUUUCAAUUCUGGUGCCACAAAACCUUUUUUUGCCUUAGUCUUCACUGGCAGCUGCUCUUCAUACACUCCCUGAGUGGAUCAUUCAAAAGGUGGGAACUCUGGAAGUGAUGUCUCUCCUGCUGAGAGCAAAGAUCAAGUUUGCAACCAGUUAAGGAACUUAAACAUCCAUAAAUCUAUGGAUUCUGAUGAGAUGCAUCCCAGAGUCCUGAGGGAAUUGGCUGAGGUAGUUGCCAGACCACUCUCAGUGGUAGUUGUGGCAGUCAAGUGAGGUCCCUGGUGACUGGGGAAAAGACAAUGUCACACUCAUUUUUUAGAAGGGUAGAAAGAAUGACUCGGGGAACCAAUCUUUAAGCCUCACCACAGUGCCAGGGAAGGUCAUUGAACGUAUCUUUCUGGAAGCUGUGCUAAGACACUUGGAAGACAGGGAGGUGAUAACAGGCAAGAAGUUCUUAUUGAUAAAUAUAAUGAAGCUCUGGAACAGGUUGCCCAGAGAGGUGAUGGAAGGCCUGUCCUUUGGGAUGUUCAAGAUUAGACUGUAUGUAGGGGACUCAGAGCAAUUUGAUCUAGCAGUAAAUGCCCCUCCAGUUGCAGGGGAGUUGGACUAGGUGACAUUUAAAGGUCUCUUUCAAUUCAAAUGAUUCUAUGAUUCUAUGAAAUAUUGUUCCCACUCUAUAAGGAAAGAAAAGUUUUAUGCAAGAAGUAAUAUGCGUUUGGAAAGACAGUGUCUUGUAAUAAUAAUUCUUAUACUAAGACUUUAACAAAAGUGAACUUGUCAACCACUGAAUUUCUGAAAUGUCUUUUGUCCAAGUUCAUUAGGGCUUGGUCUGUACAUUGCUUACUCAUAUACCUGCUAAAUUUGCAGUUACAUUUUGAUUUUUCUUUUUUUUUUUUGUCUUCAUUAAAUAAAAUAUGUGGGCAGGCUAGUGUUUCUUUUUUUACAGACCACAAGCUUAGCCUUUUGUUCAAAAGCAGAGGUGCCUUUAAACGUAUUAGUGUCUUUUCUGUAUAGCAAGGAAUCCUUCCUAGCUGGUUGACCAUUUAGACUACAAUUCAUAUGGAAUCUCUGAAGACUUGGAAAUCAGUGGAUUAGCAGUUGGACGUGGAAAACACCAUUGAUACUUCUUGGAUUUCUUUGGGAGUUUUUUUCCUGUGUUCCAUUUAGAUUAAAUGAGGCAUGAUUCAAAACUGUGCUAGCCAAACAGCCAAGAAAUGCCUGCUAAAAUUUGUGAAGCAAGGUAGUGUUAAGUCAAGAUAAGUCUGAUGAUGAUCUCAAAAUUAUGAAUACUAUAUGUAAAAUGUAAUGUAAAGAUGAUGGACCCAAUAAGAAUAAGUGUGUGUGUGAAAAGUGACUUAAUUCUAUUUUAUGUAUCUCUAAGUUCUUAGAAGUGUUCUUGUUGGGGUUUGUUGUUGCCUUUUUGGAAAUUCUUGCUAAUGUUUAAUACAUGUUUUUCCUACAGAGACAUCUGUUCUUACUGCACAGAAGUGGUGCAUGUGAUGAUAAAUUAAAUUAAUUGAUCGGUGUUGUUCUUUGAAUAUUAUCUUUCAUAUUUUAUAGAUUCUUGUUUGUUAUCCCUCAGCCCGACUUCUCUAAUUCAGUGUGCCUUUCCAAAAGUUCUCUGAAUUUCUUCCAGUUUGUGUUAUAAAACAUGGUACUAAAUGUGGAAUGUAUUUUAUCCCAUUGAGAUUUAACAACUGGUUCUGAGAAAAAGAGAGUAUCUCUUGCUCUGUGGUGAGAAAAUCUGCUAUUUGGAAUGUGGUACUUUGAAGUAACUUCUAGUAUAGCCUAUGGCACCUGAAGCCAUGACAUGCAUAGUGUAGAUAAAGAAUCAUUUGUCUUUCUAAAGAUUUUUAGCUUUGAUUGCUAUAUGAAUGCUGUUUCUUUGAAUAGGUUUAGAACAUUGCUAUUACGUAGCUUUAUAAGCCCUUGUUAAGGUACUAAGCCACACUGAAGCAGAAGGGCAAAAGCUCGCUUGAUCUUGAUUUUCAGUACGAAUACAGACCGUGAAAGUGGGGCCUCACGAUCCUUCUGAAAGUGUGUCACACACUGAAAGUAUUAGAUAUAUUUCAGGAACAUGUUUUUAGACUGAGUUUAUUCUACAGCACUUAGUUUGGACUUUUCCAAGCACAUCAACAAAAGUAAGAGUUAAAAAAGCUGUUUCACCUUUUCACAGAAACAUUUUUGUUAGCUGAAUCAACUGUCUUAAGUAUAUUAAAAAAAAAAUUCUGUUGCAAAGUAGAUCAGGCUGUAUACAGGGUUAAAUGAAACUAGAAGUACUUCAAUAAUCAUUAAUGCCAAAAAACCUAUUACUAUUGUACAUUUUAAUUCAAAUUAAACAGAAUGCAAUUAUUGAGUGUUCUUAUGAUUAUAUAUAUGUAGCAAUUUACAUUCUUUUCCACAAUGAAGCUCUUUUUAAAUCAAGAGGAGGGCUCAUUUAACAUAGCAGCCUUCUAUAGUAAAAAUAAUUCAUCCAGAGUUUUCAGAUUCCUUUCAGUACCUCAGAUUAAAGAUCAGGUUAAAUUUUAUAGUUGCCAACUUGUCUUGGAAUGCCACUUAUUACUGUAUGUUCACUUUCUCAUUUAUACAUGGCUGCCUUGAUUUUGCAGUACUGUUCCAAUUUCUCUUUUGUUGCUGUGAUUUAUCUUUGCAUAUUUCAUAUUUUUCAGUAGCAUAUUAAAGUUCUGAAUGUUAACAGAAUGCGUGAAUGUUGGACCAGUUAAGAUUAAUACUGACUGGAAAAAUACCCAAUCAUCUUCUCCCUCAGAAGCAAAAUAACAUUUGCAGUCCCUAAAAGAUGUGUAGUUCUGAAAAUCAAAAGUAAAUAUUGGAUCAUGCUCUUUUUUAGUUCAACCAGAUCUACUUACAUUUCAAUAGUGAUUUAAUUGAAAUUUAUCAAUAAGAACUUGGAAAUAAAUAUGUUAAAGUUUGGAAGAUGUUUAUUUAAGCUUUUCCUGGUAGUGUUUUUCAACAGAGGAUAUAAACUGAAGGUAUCCAAUUUGACAGAAAUCUGGAGAUGUCCUCCAAACCUUUUGAAUUCUUCUGUUUCUGAAGAUGUGCUUUCGUAGUAUUAAGUUUCACCAUCCUAUAAACUGAAGUCAAUUACCUUUGCAAGUGUUUUGAUAUUAAAAAAAAAGUCUUUUUGUAUCCUUCAUUUGCAUAUCAUGGAUUUCUACCAUACUGUAGUACUUGUUGAAAAAUGGAUGAUGAUGAUUUUGGGGGAUUUGAGGCAGCAGAGAGCUAUGAGUGUGAAAAUGGUGACAAGCAGACUACAUCUCCUGCUAUUCCAUGGGCAGCAUUUCCUACAGAGUUUGAAGUCCGUAUAGCUCAGAAUGUUUCUCCUGAUGUUCUUCUGGAGCACUGUGUGCCUUCAUCCUUCCUGGAUCCUUCUGACUCAUUCACUUCAUCAAGUGACAAUGUGGCAACAUCUAUUCAAACAGCCAACAGUGUGAUAAACUCAGCUGUUCUUGAAGAACAGAUUCAAGUAGAUAUUCCAGUUGCCUCUUUGAAUUUAACAGAAGAUAAGUCUUUAGUCACAUCAUCCAUUGCUACGGAUGAUGCUCGGACACAGAGAACAAACGAAUCAAAGAGCUGCCUUCAACAAACUCUAGCAAAUCUAGAAAUCAAUCUUUGUGCUGCUGAAGAAGAAAAAUUAAAAAUUAAAAAGGAAUUAGAAUAUUUACUGGAAAAACAUAGUGUUCAAGAAAUGAAUUUCUUGAAGGAGAAAAAAGAAAAAGCUAUUUCACAUCAAGAUCAUUACAAGAUACUUCAGGAAAAGCAUAAGCAGGAGUUAGAAGAUAUGAGAAAAGCUGGACAUGAAGCCUUGAGUAUUAUUGUUGAAGAGUUCAAGUCAUUGCUACAGUGUACUGUUCAACAGCAAGAAGCAGCUACUGAAAAACAGUAUAUACUAGCAAUUGAAAAACAUUCUUACAAAUGUCAAGAGCUUCUUGAUGCUCAGCAUCAGAGGCUUCUUGACAUUUUAGAAGCAGAGAAGGCAGUCUUGUCAGAAAAGAUAGAAGAAGCUCUGAUGCAACAGUCACAGAAACAUAAGGAAGUGCUGGACAAAUGUUUGGAUGAAGAAAGGAAAAGAAGUAAGGAGGCUAUUGCAGCUGCUGCAAAGGCUGAAAAAGAAAUAGUACAGGAGGUUGUUCUGAAAGCUGUAGAGGAGGAAAGGAGAAAUAUGGAAAAGAUUCAUGAAGAAGAAAGAAAUAUGUGGAAAGCAGAACAUGAGAGACAUAACAAGAAGAUUGCCCAAGCUGUUUGGGAAGCAGCGCAAGAGCAAAGAAAACAUAAUGAAGAAAUGAUCAAGAAAGCGUUAAUGGAGGAGCAAAAACGAAGUGAAAAGGCAAUCGAAGAAGCUGUUAAAAGGACAAGAGAGGAACUAAUGGAAUAUAUUAAGGAGCAGAAAAGGCUACAGGAGGUGUCACGAUUUCAAGCACUCAUUCCGCUGGGAGGGACUUCAACCACCCAGACAUCUGCUGGAAAAGUACCAUGGCGAGCUGUUGGUAAUCCAAGAGACUCUUGGAAUGCAUUGAGGAUAACUUUCUGAAUCAAGUAAUUGAAGACCCCACCAAAGAGGAUGCAACACUGGACCUGUUGUUCACCAAUGCAAAUGAAUUGAUUGGUGAUACCAGAAUUGGAGACUGUCUUUGCUGUAUUGACCAUGCUAUGGUGAAGUUGAUGAUCUGAGGGAUAUAAAACAGGAAAAGAGUAAAAUUAGGAUGCUAACUUUCAGCUCUUCAGGGAGUUAGUCAACAAAAUACCUUGGGAAACUGUCCACGUAAGCAAGAGUGCAGAGCAGAACAGGCAGAUCUUUAAGGAAGCUUUCCUUCUCAAGAAACCGACAGGGCUGGACCAGGACCUGCUGGUCCAACUGAAAAGCAAGAAGAAAAUGCACAGGCAGUGGAGACGGGCAGGUACUGUGGGAAGAUGUCAUGGAGUUAACUAGAUCAAUCUAUGCCCGUGACAGGGGGCGCUGUAGGCCCCUGCCUCCCCCCCUCUGGCCCCACAAAAUGGGAAGGAAUGAAGGAAAAAAAAAAACAGUGGCAACGAUCUAUGGAGGAAAACUUAUUUUACUAACUAUGAUAUUGGAAUGCAAGAUAACACAAUAUAAUACAAUCUAAUUGAAAUUGAGACUAAUAAAUCAAGUAAGAUAGGAGAGAGAGAGUUUCUGAGACCGAGUCAAAACAGCUUGGAACAGCUAGGAAAGCACCCUCCAGCACCCACUGCAAGGCAGUAAGAGCCGCCCCACCCAGAAGGGUCAGAUCCCAUGAUUUCCAUAAUGUAUACGGAUAGGUACCUGGAGUUGGAGCAUUAACACUUUAACUCCCAGUGCACUACAUGAUGUUAUGAUGCAGAAUACUGGAAACCAAAAAACAUAAAACCAUGACAGAAGAGUAUAAGGAAGCUGAUAGGCUGUAGAGGGAUGUGGUGAGGAAGGUCAAGGCUCAGCUUGAACUAAACUUGGCAGGGAGUACCAAAGAAGAACAAGAGAGGCUUCUACAGACACCUCAACCAGAGAAGGAAAGUCCAGCAGGGCACACCUCCCCUAGUGGGUGACAUAGGCAGGCUUGUAACAACAGACUAGGAGAAGGUUGAGGUACUUAACAACAUUUUUACCUUGUUCUUCUCUGAUAACUACCAGCCACGCAAUCCUCAACUGUUUGGUAGUAGGCCACUGGGAAAGUAAUAUCUCUCCCACAGUAAGCAGAGAUCAGAUUUGUGACCACCUGAGGAAUCUGAACAUUCAGAAAUCGGUGUAGUUGCCAAGCCACUCUCUGUGAUAAUAAAAAAGUUGUAGCAAUCAGGUGAAGUCCUGGUGACUGGAAAAAAAGGCAGAAUUACACCCAUUUCUUUAUAGGAGUAAAAAGGAUGAUUUCAUGAACUACUGUCCUAUUAGAUUCUCCUCUGUGCUGAGGAAGGUCAUGGAGCAGAUUCUCGUGGAGCUAUGCUAAGGCACAAGGAAAAUAGGGAGGUGAUACAGCGAUAACGUUCUUGCAACAGUGUUGAUACUUUCAGUAGGUUUAUAACUUUUUCUCAGUUGAAUUUUUUUAAAAUGCACGAGAAGGGAUUUCUCUCAAAUAGAUGCUAUGCAGUUACAAAAGUACAAUAUGAUAUUUUCCAUUAAUUUUAAUUUUCUUGGAUUUCUACACUUAAUGUGUUUUAUGCUUCUGUCUUUUCCAUGUUUCAUGAAGAAGUAUUACAAGAGCAUGUCUGGAGUUUACUCACCAUUUUGUAUUUGAUCUGAUUAUUUUUGGUUAUACAUUUUAUACUUGUGGAUGACUGAAUUUUCUUUCACUUUUUGAAAUGUAUUUGUUAACAAAAAAAGAAAAAAGAUUCUUUAGUAAAAUAAGGAAAAAUACAAACAUUCAGAAAUGGUUGUCUUCUUAGUUAUAUGCUGUAUAUUAGACAUAUGUCAGUUCCAAGAUGUCUGUGACCUUAUCUACCAGAAGCCUCAAAAUUGCUAUCUUCUAACUAAGUAGUUGCAGAAGGGUCUUGUGAUGAAACAGUUCAUUCUGAUAAAGGCUUGCCUUUGAAAGCUAGUCAUGAAACCUUGUAAAUAAUGAUACUUAUAAUAUGAGACUAAUGUUUAUGAGAUUGUCAGAUAAUGCAGUUAAUGAUACCAGCUG